UUCCCUCCUCCAUUUUGAGAUCAAAACCUGGGGCUCGCCCUUUUUCUUCUCUGCCCUCCCUCCACUCCACCCGUCCGUCCAUCGCAUCCCACCCAUCCCCCACAACACAUCGCCCGCCUCGGUUCCCUCCACUCGACGCUUCUCCCGCUCCUAACCCCUAGUCCCCUUCUGCUCCUACGCCGCCGCCGCCGCCGCCGCAACCCCCAGCGGCCAGAUCCGAGCGGCGGGGAUCGUCCCCCCAACGGAUCGAGCUCCCGAUCCGCGCAGGGGAGUGGCGGCGCUGGAGCGCCGGGGCCCCGAGAGGCUGGAGCCGGAGGAGGGGAGUAGUUCCGCGGUGGUAGAUCCGCCGGCCAUGGCGCCCGAGAUGGACUCCUCGGUAGAGAAGCAGGGGAGCGGGUCCCCGGAUCCGGACGAGCGCCCGGCCUCCGGCGAGCCCAAGGCCUGCACCGAGUGCCACACCACCAAGACCCCGCUCUGGCGCGGGGGACCCUGCGGACCCAUGUCGCUGUGCAACGCGUGCGGGAUCCGGUACCGGAAGAAGAGAAGGGAGGCGCUUGGCCUCGACGCCAACAAGUCCGGCGGCGCCGAGCAGCAGCAGCAGCAGCAGCGGAAGAAGAAGGCCGCCGCCGCCUCCAAGAGGGAGAGGGAAAAGGAGGCGGAGGCGGACGAGGUCACCGUGGAGCUCCGCACGGUGGGGUUCGGCAAGGAGGUGGUGCUCAAGCAGCGGCGGCGGAUGCGCCGGAGGAGGCGCCUCGGCGAGGAGGAGCGCGCGGCCAUCCUGCUCAUGGCCCUCUCCUCCGGCGUCGUGUACGCCUGACACCCCACCACCACCACCUAGCAGCCAAGGCACCAAAGGCGAUGAGAGGAAGAGAGCGGCUGCAGCUGCAGAUUUGCUUAACAUGCAGCAUGAUCUUAAGCCCAAGAGAGAUGCGUCUCUCUCUACCCCUUUUUCCCCCUGGAUCUAUGCUAAGUUUUCCCGGCUAAGUAGUUGUUGGAACAAAAGCGAGUUAAUAAUCGUGUCGCGCUCUAGACUAGUAGCUGUUCUUCCCUGUUACUGUUGCUGUUCUUGCCUAGUUGUAAUGUUACUGGUAGUAGUGUGGUAGUAUCGUGUAACCUUGCAAUGUAAGGAGAGCUUAUUGAUCA